AUGGCUACACCACUUGGUUCAGUGGUUCUGCCAGUCACCUUUGGGACGAAGGACAACUACCACACGGAGUACAUUAAGUUCGAGGUGGCUGACUUCAAGUCGUCAUACCACGCCAUCCUCGGCAGACCAGCAUUGGCCAAAUUUAUGGCCGUGCCUCACUACGUCUACUUACUACUCAAGAUGCUAGGCAAGGCAUGCGUGCUCACGUUUCGUGGUGACUUGAAGAAGUCAUACGACUGUAACCAAAAGGCGAUCAAGUACGCCGCGACAUCACGCGUGCCAGAAUCUUCUGCUGAAGUCUUUGCGGCCGCGCAAAGGCUCACCGACUUAGAGAUGGAAAUCUCCAACCAGCGGCCAUCAAGAAGGAGGUAG